GAAACCUCUCUUUUCUCACUCUACUCCAUGAGCGCCACUUUUGCAGAGGAUUCCUCGCUGGUCGCAGAAAAUAUAGAGAAGAGUCAGCCUAGCAGUCCAUAUGCUGAACCAGAAACCUUAUCUGACGAUAAACCGGCCGAGAAGCUCGCUUCUGUGAAGAAGCCACAUCGAAGACGCCGUCAUCGGCAUCGACGGCAGUCCACUUCUUCUUUGGCCGGUGAAAACAAUGCUGAUGUGGUCAUGUCGACAUCACUGCCUUCCAGUUUUCUUCAUCACGAUCGCCGUACCCAGCCGUGGACCGGUUCAAGAAAAAGUCACGAAACUGGCUCGCCUGCUCUUCAGUCCAUUCAAGAUAUUAUUUCCGAGAUGAAGCGAUUACCGAUGGUCAGUGGUGGCAACCGCGUGUCACACAAAGCGGAGUCCACUCUGCACGAUCCAUCUGCAUGGUCAAGAACAAGCCGGAGACAUUCUGAACCAGCUCACACAAUACAGCGCCACCUUCCCGCCAAUAAACCCAGUUCCUGUGAAGACCACAAUGAAGAUGAAUUGAACGAUGCAGUCGAUAUCCAUGGGCACGAUAUAUACCUCCAUCUGCCUCAACCGACAUUUGCACAUUCCCUGGCUAUACCCUCCAAAAAAACCAAUCGUCGACGAUUUUCCCAUGAUCCCACCCACAUUAAACCUGCUUCUGUAAAAAGUGUUGACAAACCGUUACCUGAGCGUCGUGGUGCGGCAAGAAGAGCACGGAGUCGUUCAGUGCCGCACGAUCCCAUCGAGUCGUCCUCACAGAACACGGCAGCAAUCCCGCAACUUCCAUCGCAAUCCGAGCAACAACCACCGGUGACUUCUCGUCGGGCAUUGUAUCCGCCUCAUUUAACUCUCCCCGAAGCCACGAAAUUGAUCAAAGCCGGGACCCUUUAUUCAGGGACACUGAAUGUAAACUCUCAGGAUAGUUCCGAUGCUUACGUGGCGUGUGAUGAGUUGAAGGCAGAUAUUUACGUGUACGGUUCACGUAAUCGGAAUCGAGCACUUGAUGGUGAUAUCGUGGCAGUGGAGCUUGUCGAUGUUGACACCAUGCUGGCCGAAAAAGUACAGAAAAAGCAAGCUCGUGCAGGAAGGCGGAACAGUAUGGCGCCCUCCACUUCAUCAGCGUCCCAUCAUCCGCUUCAAUCCAUUCCAGAAAUUACCGCGCUCGAUAGUAGCCCUGGCCUCCCAUUACCUCCGUCGCAAAUGGCGGAUCGUGAUGGGAAAGAACUUUAUCGUCCUGAUUACUGUGGCAAGAUUGUUUGUAUUUUGAAGCGACCCCGCAAUUUACUGUUCUCGGGAACGCUUUCGCUACUUCGUCCUAGCGUCCAGCAUCGUCUUGAACAACAAAAUACGCCGUCGACACACGAUAAUAAAAAAUCAGCGCCAAAAAUUAUCUGGUUUAUCCCUGCCGACAAGCGGUUACCACUCGUGGCUAUUCCCACCAAACACGCCCCCGCCGCUUUCAUCAGAUCCCCUGAAGAGUAUAAAAACCGUACUUUUACCGGACAUAUACAACGAUGGCCAGCUACCUCUCUGCAUCCAUUUGGGAUUGUUCAACCAAAUACCGAUCAAAACACCAACUAAUCUUUCAUGGAAUGAUCGUCCGACUUCUAUGGAUGAAAAUCACAGCCACAAGCCUCGCCUUCCCGUCGCUCAUUUUAUUACAUGCAUGAAAACCAAUUAUCCCUCAAUACAACCUUCUUCAACCAAUCACUCUUCCGACUGGACUACGGGGCGUCUCAGAGAUUUUGCCAUCGGUUUCUGCGAAAAAAAAAAAAAAAAAAAGACGCUCUUAUGUUGACAGUUACAAAAGAUGGAAAGCAAGUAGAAACCACCGUUUCGGCCAUCCGU